AUGCGUUUUCUUAUCGUGCUCUGCUUGUUUGGCGCUGCAUGCGCGCAAUAUAAUUAUGGACAAGGACUUGACACUGGCUCAGCCAGCCACAUCAUUCCGAGUGUUGGAAUUGAUGAUGGCGCUGAGAGCAUUUCCAGCCCAUCCUACGGUCCAUCCGGAGGUCUUAACAAGGAGUUCUACACAUUUGAGGCUAAUGAGGACGAUUUCAACGAUCCUGCUGCCAGCAAUAGAAUUGCAAACAACGCCAACAGGGGUCUGCGUGUAAUCUUCAUCAAGGGACCCGAGAACCGUGGUCUGGAGAACGCUGCUCUGGCUCUGGCCAAGCAGGCUGCCGAACAACAGACUGCUAUCUAUGUCCUGAACAAGCAGACCGACAUCGGUGAUCUGGCCAACAAAUUCAAUGCCGUGCGCCAGAACUCCAAUGCCAGGCCCGAGGUUCACUUCGUCAAGUACCGUACCCCUGAAGAUGCCGUUAACGCACAGCGCGCUAUUCAGUCACAGUAUGACUCUCUGGGUGGUACUUCCCAGAACAUCAACGGCGGAAUCGCUCCAGCCAUCAAUUUUGCAUCCCGUGGCUCUACUGGACCGUCUACCGUUAAUUACGGUUCCCCAAGCGUUCCUAAUAGUUCCUACUUACCAGCCAACAUUCUUAAACGUCUUCGUCUGCGCUAG